AUGGAUUUAGCUUUAAACGUCUUUCCUGAAACGGCGGAGCAAAUCCAAUCCUCGUCCAGUGAUCAUCUACGAGAAAUGUCUGAUUCUGCUGAGUCGAAGGUGAAUCAACGAGUUGAUGCUAAGCAAUUUAAAAUCAACAUCCCACAGAUAGAAGAAGACUUCCAUGAUCUUGCUACGAAGAAGACAAAGAUAUUUCCUCUUCCAAUAUCGCACGAAAAUCAGUGCAAGACAGUUGGUGUUGCGAGCAAUUUGGACCUGUUUGCGGAGGAAUUUAAAUUUAAAAGCGAAAAAAAAUCCAAGUUCAUCCAUCUUAAAAGUUGUGGUAAGGAAUUCGACGUAAACAGAGCGUAUGAGCGUUUUGCCUUUUUGAAGAGUUUGGAACAACAUAAAAAACAGCAACGGCAGUAUGAAAGCAUUUUGAGGGGAGAGACUGAAAAACUUGGUGAAAGCACAGCCUAGACCUAGGCCUUCUAUUUUUUUAUUUUUUUUAAUAUUCAGCGCUUUUUCAUAUGAAAAGACUGGGACUAGGUGAUUUGGGGGCGGGGCAGAGGAAGGACACAAGCCUGACGCAAGCGAAAAAAUAAAAGGCCUAGUGGAUUUCCCAACAACAAGGCCAAAACUGCCCUGAAACUGCCCUGAUUGCGAAAUGCCCAAUUAUUGCGUUCUUAAACAGAAUUAUUUGCAACUUAACAGCGAAUUUAAACCGAUACAGGUAAAAUAAACUCAUUUAUAGUAUAAACUUACUAUUUUUAGUUGUAUACACGUCUAGAAAAUCGGGUUUUUUAUCAUAAAGUUUGAAGCAACACUAUUAUUAUGUUGACAAGGUGAAGCGAAAGCACAAAAUAAUAAUUCUUUUAUUCGCAAGACAAUCUACUGUUUUGCUUGAAUAACUAUAUUUGCGAAUUGGGAAUGAGGAUUUUGAAAUUAUUGUUCAAAUAUUACGGAUAUACCAUUUGUAAACAAUGUAAGUUUUUAUAUACAGUACUGUACGGGCUAAUAAUAUAUGUAUCCGUUUUAUUUAAUAAAUUAUAAUUGUAUAUGUGUUUGUAUAUUUUACAAACACAAGACUGCUUCUUGCCAAAAUUGAGAAAAUAUAUAUUAAUGUAGUUGUGUAUAAGACAAAAUUUCAUGAAAGAUUCUACUUUUGGUAUAUAUUUUGACUCAUUUUGUACUUUCGCUACACCUUGUCAACAUAUUAAAUAAUAGUGUUGCUUCGAAUUUUAUGAUAAAAAAACCGAUUUUCUAGACGUGUAUACAACUAAAAAUAGUAAGUUUAUACUAUAAAUGAGUUUAUUUUACCUGUAUCGGUUUAAAUUCGCCGUUAAAUUGCAAAUAAUUCUGUUUGAGAACGCAACAAUUGGGCAUUUCGCAACCAGGGCAGUUUCAGGGCAGUUUUGGCCUUGUUGUUGGGAAAUCCACUAGGCCUUCUAGGCUUGCUUCCUCCGCCCCACCCUCAAAAUCACCUAGUCCCAGUCUUUUCAUGUGAAAAAGCGCUGAAUAUUAAAAAAAUAUAAAUAAGACUAGAAGGCCUAGGUCUAGGCUGGUGAAAGCACAUAUGACACAGAGUCAACCGAAGUACUUACUACAGUCAAAGAUGACUUUUCCAGUGAUUGCGAAAAAGAUUAAAUAUAAAUAAAAGUUAUUAUUCAUUAUAUUAUCUUCUGGGUUCUUUUCAUUUGUACAAAAUCACAUGCUAAUAUUUCUUUACUUUCAUUCGACCCGUUAGCCUAGGAGCCUUUUGACACUUAGCACACUUUGAGGUUGGUCUAAAUUAAAGCGAUCUCAAACCGAUCUGAGGACGUUGCAUUAAGGCGAAAGACAAUUUACUCGUGCCAUAUCAAAAAGGUGUAUUCUGCCUAACAUGCUGUAUGCUGAACAAUACAUAUCAUAAGAAACUGAAUUAUGUUUGAGCAUGCAUAAAACUACAUAAUUUCAUAAGUACUAAUCUUGCCAUGACCAUUGGGUGAAAUAUAUAGAUACUAAAAGGCUGGCUGUUGAGUCAUCGACAUGUCAAACUUAUUGACGUGAUAAUUUUGCGAAUUUUUUCCAAAAUUGUGGCAUAUAUUGUACCAUAACCAAUCUCAAAGGUUAUUGAAAACAUGGCGGCAAUAUCUCAUGAGUAUGGUAAUCUAGAUUGGCCGCAAUUAAUAUGUAAAAUAGGCAUUAAAGAUGUAAACAAAGAACUAGAUAAACGUUUCAAUUCUGUGUUUGGGAUACUACGAGAUAUUGCGUCAGUAAGUACCAGCGAUAUGUAUUUAACUGAAAGAAUUAAUUCGCUGAAAGCAACAUGGUUUCCAGCACGAGAUCAAUACGAAAGAAGCGUGCUUCAUGUGGCAUCGCUGAACGGCAAUACUCGACUUGUUCGCUGUCUCAUGUAUUCUGGCUGUCCAAUCAAUUUAAAAGACGGCAUCGGACAAACACCUUUAACCCUAGCGCUGCAUAUGGGUCAUACAGUUACUACCAAAGUUCUACUUGACUGUGGUGCGUCAGUUCGUGAGCAGUUUUUUCUUGACACUAUUCCCCCCAUAGAUAUUGCUAAAGUUAAGAAAGACGAACUUAUGAUCGAGUUGAUUGAGCAAAAAAUUAGAGAAGAAGAAAAAAUUAUUAAUCAAAUGAAAUCAAAUUUUAAUAAACCAAUUUCAGACGAAAGCACAGAUAUGGAAAAUAGUAGCACUAGCAAGCCCUCAAAUGUUGCAAGAAAAUUAAACAUGAACGUUGGUGACCAAAAAAAUACUGUACUUGUACAAGGCUGUGCAAACCGAUGCCCAGAUGUGUAUGGAUGCCACACACCUGGUGGAGGAGAUUUCCGUUGUCGUGGAUAUGUAAAUGAAUGUAUUGCACGCAUUGCUGGUCCAGGGGGAUUUUGGCAUGUAGUGGAAAACAUAAUGAAAAGGCCAACUGUUAAUCGAUCAUCAUUCAAGUCUAAGUUCAAGGACAACAACUAUAACAACAACGAGGAGGCACUUUUGGAUUAUGACGAUGGUCUUUCAAUUGCUAUGAUCAAGUCUUUCCGAAAGUCACCCUGCUUUCCUUGCAUCCGAGUUGGAUCAGUGUCUUAAAGACACUAAAUCCCAUAACAAAAUAUUGAUUGAUAGAUUUAAAGUAUGGGUGAAGCAACAAGAGGAACAGGAUGCCAUAUUUAAAUAUCAAUCCCAAGUUGUCAACCAGUUAAUGCCAAUAACAAGAUGGUAUAAGGAAUCUGUGAGGUAUGUAAAUUGAUUUUUGUGUGGAAUUUGGCAAAUGAACCCACUGCUUCAAUCUGGGACAAAUCCUGUUGUAAGACAUGACAAAUUUCCUAUAUGACCUACACACAUAAAGCAAUUGACCAAAAUAAAUGUCCGCCCGACUAGCAAAUUCGACUCAAUAUUUGGUUUACUAAAUAGUGCUGCUUUACACAAAUUGAAUAUUAUUUAGGUAGGAAAGCAGAGAAAAUUGUAACAUAUUUACGCAAAAACUGUUAAUUUUAAAGAAAGUGUUGCAAUUGUUUUGAAGUAACUUUUGUAUGUUAACUUAUUGAACACAAGCACUCUCCCCUUGACGAGUAAAAUAUUCUGGCAUUAGACAGAGAAAGAUUCUAAAGUACGGUGCUUCAUGGUGCGAUGCAACUUAGUGGGUUAACCACGCAUUUUACAGAAUAUUUACAUUUAACCAAAUGAAAAAUUGACACAGCAGUUUCAAGAUUAUAUCUGUUAUUAAAAAACUCAUUAUGAGGAAAAUACAAACAAAAUGAAUGUUUAAUCAAUGUUCGCAAAUUCGAUAAAAAUUUGUCCUGAUUUACAUAAACUUCUGCUUUAAUUUUCUCGGCUUUGACAGUGUAUAUUUUUAAAAUUACUUUGCCAAUGAACUCAUAAGAUGGGUCAUUUUUUAAGCACGUUAAUACAUUCGCAUCCAAUCUUUAUCUGACAUACAAACUCUCGCCUUUGGCUCAAGUCUGUAUAUCAGAUAGAGGUCGGCUGCUCAUGUUUUAACUAGUACUAUUAAAAAUCUUAUUAAUAACAGCAUAUACUAUAAAUACAAACAAGUCUUUUGGUAAAGUGGUGAAUUUUUUUUUUUAUUAGGCAUGGAAAUGGUCAUGCAAUUGAAAGUGUCUGGAUGCUCUGCCCUGCUCUUUUUUGCCAAAUGGGCAAAAUAAAUUAUAGAGAUGAGGCAUUUACACACAUUGUCAAUGCUACUGCCAAAUGGCCAUAUGCGUAUCGUCUUAUGUACCAGAGAAAUAAAACUGUUAAUCUUGAAGGUAAGCAAGGAAAGCAACUGGCUGGGGACGAGUGGGUUGAAGACUACCUUGUUAGACCAGUCAAGCAGUUUACAAGUGCUCAAAGUUCAUUUUCUAUGGUUGAACUAAUGUCAUGUAGUGUUAACCUACUGGAAAUGAAUCGCAAGAUGUACAAGGCAAAGGAAGCAUUUGAUAUUUAUCAUACAAGAAAACAUAAGAAGCCAUCAUCUUUGUAUGAUCAAAUCAAAGUAGCUCAGUUUGUAAUUAAAGAAAGAUGGUUUGAAUGCGAACAGCGAAAAGAUGUUCAUCAAUACUCGUGGGCUGGUAAGACAGUCAAGGAAGGGCAAACUGUACCCAAAAAGUGUAUAGAUGCUCUAUCUAAAGGGGCGGAGAAAGCAAGUGAGGAAUUUGUACCAUUUUACACAGAAAGUUUCCAAUUGAAAUGUUAUAAACUGUGA